CACAGCUGUCUGUUUAGUCGUCUGAAAAUUCUGCAGUUUCAAAAUUUUAUUUUCGUCAUGUUGGCGACAUAAAAUAAUAAAAUACAAAAAAAAUACUUGUGUUUCCAACAGAGUUGAUUCAAAGUGUUCUGAGAUUGCUGAUUCUGGAGCAGAAGAAAGAAUUUGCGAAAAAAUCCCACAAGGAGGCAUUAUUUGGUGUCUUAUUAUUGUCCAUCCCACAAAACCAAAACCGAAUAAAUAAAUUAGUUAAUUGGUCGGAGGAGCAAUCAUGAAUACAGAUUAAGCAACCCCUUUUUUUUUAGUUUUUUCUUCUUUUCUCAAGAGCCCAAGACUCGGCGAGAAAACAGUGAUAAUAGAAGGAAAAAAAGAAUCCAUAACAAAAGAGACUUGGUCAUCAACCAGCGAACCUUUUUGGAGCUGUUUCAUCGUCGCAAAACUUUUAAAGGUUUUCUCGGUUUCUCGCUUGUCAAUUCUCGCAGACGUAAAAAGUGAGUUUCCUCAUAAUAUUUGGAAACGAAAAAACAAAACUAAAACUUAAUCGAAAUCGAAAUCAGUCAUCGCAUCGCGCGGAGUGGACGGAGAAGGUAGAACUCUAGAAGGGUGUGCAAAAAGAAGAAGAAAUUGGUGAGUUUUCACACAGUGAAUCAGAGCUCUUACAUGUCGCUAGGCUAGCCCAGCCAAGACCAAGAUGAAGUGAUAAAGAUUAAUUGAGUGCACAUGACAAUCGAUUAAAGUUCUUGCAAAAUUUACUUAUUUUUUGUUUCUAUCGAAUAAAAACAGAACAAUUAUUUCGAAACUCCGCCGCCGCCGCGGGCUGUGUGAACUAAUUUUUGCGGCAGUCAACCAGGCAGUGGGAGUGGGGGAACAAAGAGCCAUCUCUUGCCUUUCGCCCACCCAACAACAAAUACCUUCUCCGCCUCCUCCUCCACCACAACCUUCCUCGACUGUCGUCGUCGUAGUCGUUGUCUCAAGUUUUAAAGUUCCUUUGUUUUGGUGUGAUCUGAGUUUGUUCACACGACAACAAGGAACGGUGUUUGUUCUUGGUUUGCUUAUUCACGAGACCGAAGAGAAAGAAACUAUUCUGUGGUGGUCUUCUGACAGUUUCUGAAAAAUCCCAACCAUUGUCAGUUAGAUGGGGGCGAAGGCGAGUACCCCAGCAAAUAGUGGUCACCAGAGUCCACGGGCGCGCACUUUCUCUAGCAGCUCCAGCACCGAGGUGACUUCUCCGCCCGGCACUGGGCCUGGCUUCAACGUGUUGCGUGCUCUGCCCGGCAUACAAGUCCCACAGAACGAUCGCCAGAGGGCUCGCAGCCUCUCCUCUGUCCCAGACUUGCAUCAAUCCGGUGGCAGCGGAAGCGGGAGUGGGGGCGUUGGCAACAACAACAACAACGGAGGCAACAACAUUCACAACCAUCACCAUCAUCAUCACCAUCAUCCACACCUAGUCGGCCAUAAUGAUCGCAGCGCAAUAAUCAAUCGCGGAGGUACCAGUUCUACGGCAGUUGUGGUGUCGUCGGGCACUCCCAAUACCGUUGGCGUUGGUGGAGCCGGCGAUCGCAUUAUCUACGGAGGCCAUUCGAUUUUGCUGAAUGGAGGAACCACAACCGGUGGUGCUAUUAGCUUGGAACAGGUCGAGGAAGCCGGGAUAGUUGAUGGGAUAGCUGCGUCGAUGGCGGCAUCGUCGAAUAGUGCCAUGGGUCGUGUCUACACAGCGACAUCGUUGCCAUCUCAUAUUUGGUCGUUAAACGGUAUCAAAUGCCCAGUUUGUAGUAAAUUCGUUCUGCCCGAUGACAUAGAAUGUCAUUUAGUUAUGUGCCUAACAAAACCUCGUCUCUCAUAUAAUGAGGAUGUUUUAACCGACGCGAAAGGUGAAUGUGUGAUCUGCCUAGAGGAAUUAAACCCUGGGGACGUAAUUGCAAGGCUGCCAUGCCUUUGUGUCUAUCACAAAGGGUGUAUAGAUAGAUGGUUUGAAGUAAAUCGCUCCUGUCCCGAACAUCCUGGCGAUUAGUAAACCUAGUUAAUAAGUUAAUUAGAUAAUUAUUUUACGAAAUUAUAUAAUAUAAUAACAAAGAAAAAGAAAAUUAAAACAAAAAAUUGAUAAAAGAAAAUUAAAAAAAAAGAGAAAAGAAAACAUAUACGAAGCGAGGUGUAAAGAACUCCUACCAAAUUAUUAUUCUUGUCAUAAAACCAAAACAAAAUAUUUUUCUAUAUAUAUAUAUAUGUGUACAUAUAAUUAUAAUUAUUAUUGAUUUUUAUUCCCCAUUUUUCUCCACAAUCCCCGUUGUUUUGUUUUAAUAAUUUUGUAUCUUCUUCAUAUGUGAAUUAAUAUUUGUUUUUAUUUCCUUCCUUUUUUGUUUCUAAUUAUUGUUUUAACGGUUAUGUACCUCUAUCUAUCUACCUAUUAAUAAUUAUAUGUUCUGUAACUCAAAAUCUAUAUUUCAAUGGCAUUGUUUAUAUUAUUUUAUUAUUAAACUCAAUUGUAGGUUUAUAUUAAGUUUUGUUUUCAAAAGUUUUACCUUACCUAAAUCAUUGAAAUUGAAAUUGUUUUAAAAUAAUAUUUAAUGUUUAAACCGAAAUAGACUUAAAACAACAAAAAAGAAUAAAAAAACAAAAACUCAAAAUGUGUGAAUAGAGAGGAAUUGUAAACUAAAAUUAGAAGAAAACAAAAAGAAACAAACAAAAUAGAAGAAGUUAAAUGUUAUAGAAAAUUAGUUGUUUCUACAAAAUCAAAUCCAAUCUUAACUUUUUUUCUUCAUUGAUUUCAUGUUUAUUAAAGUUCUCAAGUGCUUGAUUAGGCAAACUAAGAUCUCCUAGUGCUAUGCUAUGACUGAAUUGAUCUUCUUUGAAUUAAGCAGUCAUAUUUUAAGUGAAUCGAUAAAAAGAAAUUCCCACAGUGGAAUAAAAAAACCGCUUAAGUAAAGUGGAGGUCAAAUUUAUCCAAUUUCUGAGAGAAGCCUGAUAAAUAUCUUAAAAAAUUAAUUAAUAAUUUCUAUUUAUUUCUAAAUAUCUUUAUGCUCUUAGUAAUUUUGUUUGUAGUGCAGAAACUGUUACAUUGUUUCCUAACUUUCCAAUCCUUAUAUGAUGUCGGCUAAAAGCUAAAAACAAAAAUUGGUCCAAUCAUGAGCUUUCUUGUAAAAAAUUCAUAGUGAAAGCUUCUUUUUUAAGUACUUAAACGUUUCUACAUUUAAAUACAAUUUUCUGAAAUCCAAAUAAACGAUUAUUCUAUGACGAGGACUUGUUAUGGCUGCCUGCUGCGGCUGGAGGGGCGAAUGGCAAUCUAAGGCAUCUUCAGCGCUGAGUAAAGAUCUAAAAUGAAAAGAAAAUAGAAUCUUUCUAGUUGUCAGAGAUUUUCAGCCAAAUUUCUAAGUUUUUGUGAUGUAAAAUAUUUGAGAUUUUAAUCUUCUAAACUCGCUUGUUGGAACCUCUGUAAUAAAAAUAAAAUUUCCUAUCGUGAAUAAAAUUUCCCAUCGUGAUCAAAAUUUCCCAAUGUUCCCAUGCAAACGUGAUGUUAAACUUGGAACUAUCAAGAAAUUAGUUUCGUUUAUGUGGGCUCUUAUUUAAAUAUUAUAAAUUUGAGCUUACAAAGCAAAGUGCAAAAUUAUAGGAAUUUCGAAAUUCUGUCCUUGGGAAAAAUUAUGAGGAAAAUUGUAGAGAUAAAUUAAAAUAACAUCGAAGUUUCCCUGCUUCCAUUUUGUUUAGAAAUUCUUUAGCUAAAAUAAACGUUUUAAAGCCAACUAUCUCCAAAUUGUUCAAAUUAUCAUUUUUUGUAUUUUUUAGAAUCUCGUGAAAUAACUGAACAUCAAAAAAUUAGUCCUCCAUUUUAAUUUUUUAAUUAAGUAAAAAGUAAUUUGAUUUGAGUCUUUAAAUAACAAUUUAACAAUAACUUAUUCAUUUGCAAUUUCUCUCGUAAUGUGUCUUAUUGUUUAUUAUUUUGUUCUCCAGCUUAAAAUAAAAAACAAAAAAAUUAAACAUUUUUAAAAAACAAAUACCCCAUCGAAAAAAAGAGAAAUAAAACAACAAUUCAACCGAAAAUGUGUAUACAAGAAAAAUAAAACAAACAAAACAGAAAUAAGUGGCCAGCGAUUUAAUGAGAAUUAUUAAUUAUAUCUACAUAUAAUUAAAAAACAAAAUUAUUAUAAAUCAUUGAAAUAAAAUAAAAAUUACAACUAUAAUAUAAUUAAUAAGUUUUGUAAAUGAAUUUUUGAUAAAAACAAAAACACAAAACAAAAAAAAAUGUAAGUGGGAUUUAAAUUUUUGGUGAUAAAAACGUAAACUAUAAAAAAAAUAUAUAUAUAUAAAACAAAUAUAUAUUAUUCUCGUAUAGUACAUAAAUAUAUAAAUAUAAAUUAAACGUAUAACAAAUUUUUUGUACAAAUUAAAUAGACUCUUCUUGGAAUUAAGCAAAAAGCAAUUCAGUUAGAUAAAUUGUAUGAAAAGAAAAUCAACACAUUUUAACGUCUGUUUAAAAAUCUGGAAGUUAAAAAUGCAACAGACAAGAUCGUUUAAUGUAAUCUAUCGUGUUUUAAUCUAAUUGAUGUGAAUUUAAAAAUAAUAUAUUAAAAAAUUUAUCAGCAUAGAUAGACAUAUAACAAAAAACCUCAAAUCUCAUGCUGUAUUUUCUAACACAACUAAAGAAAACACCUUAUUCUGCUAUUUGCUAUGGGCGCUAGGUUAAUAUUUAUACUUACCAACUAGAAGUUUGAAAAACACAACAGCCGGAAGAUCAGUUCAGAUAGUGCCGCUUAACAUUUAAAACCUUAUUUUUAUAAAAGAAGAACGUAUUUAUAUUUAUUUUUGAAAUUCAAAGCUUUUCGAAACAACACAUUUUUGUUAUUGCUAAUAAAAGUCAUAUGGGCAUGGUGCGAGGAUAAGCCUUCGUAAAUGUUCCAAAAUCCAUCAGGGGACUAAUCGAUCAUUUUAAGAAACUGCUUAAAGAAGUACAUAGUAAUAACUUACCCUGAGUUUUUUUAAAGUCUUAAUAAAAACGUGUUAAAGCUGGGCUUAAGUUAAAAGUAUGAAUUUAAAACUAUAAAAAAAGUUGAUAUCCAACGAACUUUUCAUGUGAUCGAUUUGUUGAAUUUUAACCCCAUUAAUAAUUAUUUGAACCAAUAAACGAAUAGCAGAAUAAGGCUAAAAAAGUCACAAGUUAUAGCACGUUGAAUAAACAACGUGAUUCAAUAAGAAAACAACAAAAUAAAAACAAAAUCCCAUUCGAAUGAUAUCAUUCCUUGAGCAGCAGCAAAAUAAUAAUAAUA